AUGUCGUAUAUAGACUUCCACGAACAGGAUAAGAUCCGUGAUACACUAUAUCCUGAGGUCAAGCAAGUACUGCAAAGGCUUACAGGAGCGUCGAUCGUUCAUAUCUGGUCGCAUGUGGUCCGUGGAAAAUAUGCAGAUGGUCGAAAGCCGAGUGAAAAAGCUCACAUCGGUAAGAACACUCAACCAGAGCCCCAAGACCUUACUUUUGACCUUCGCUUCCCAGACACGGCAGAGAGCUGGCGUGAAGAUUUGUUUCGACAGUACUGUACAAAGCCCAAUUCAAAGGUUGUGCCAUCGCACAAAUAUGAGUUCUACAAGUAUAUAAUCCAUCUACAUGCCGUUCGUGGUACACCCGGCUGA